AUGCCUCCGACCGAAGUUGCUGAUGACCCCUCCGAUCAUCAGUCUGUAGAGUCUGAUCGAACUCCUCGCAAGUCUAUCGCCGCCCCACCGUCGCCUGGUGUUGCUCCCGAAGCUCCUUCUGCCGCUGAUACCGGUCGAGUUCGUCUCAUUCGGUUCUUCUGUCGGACCCUGGAUAUCGGAAUCGUCUACAAGCUUCAGGACAUCUCGGCCGCCUGGAACAGGCAAGACAAGAACUGCGGAAAUCAUCCUCCUCUUGCUUAUAGAAUUGGACCCAAAGGUCCUGCUUAUCGCUGGCUCAAAUAA